AGCAGAAGCCGGCCGCGUUGGCGAUGAUUCGUGCAGGUUUUUUGCAGCCAAAGCGUUUGCUCUUGGAGAAGCAGAGAUGGAUGGAGAGCAGAUCCCGGCGCGGGCACCCGGCCCGGGGCGCACUAUGGCCGACGCAGACGAGGGCUUUGGCCUGGCCCACACACCUCUGGAGCCGGACGCAAAGGACUUGCCCUGUGAUUCCAAACCCGAGGGCGCACUGGGGGCCCCCAGCAAGUCCCCGUCGUCCCCACAGGCCGCCUUCACCCAGCAGGGCAUGGAAGGGAUCAAGGUGUUCCUCCACGAGCGAGAGCUGUGGUUGAAGUUCCACGACGUGGGCACAGAGAUGAUCAUAACAAAGGCCGGAAGGCGGAUGUUCCCAAGCUACAAAGUGAAGGCGACAGGUCUUAAUCCCAAAACCAAGUACAUUCUCCUCAUGGACAUCGUUCCCGCCGACGACCACAGAUACAAGUUCGCGGAUAAUAAAUGGUCUGUGACCGGCAAAGCGGAGCCCGCCAUGCCGGGCCGCCUCUACGUGCACCCAGACUCGCCGGCCACCGGGGCGCACUGGAUGCGGCAGUUGGUCUCUUUUCAGAAGCUCAAGCUCACCAACAACCACCUGGACCCGUUUGGGCACAUCAUUCUCAACUCCAUGCACAAAUACCAGCCCCGGCUGCACAUCGUAAAGGCCGACGAAAACAAUGGCUUCGGCUCCAAGAACACGGCGUUCUGCACACACGUCUUUCCGGAGACGGCCUUCAUUGCCGUGACCUCUUAUCAGAACCACAAGCAGUACUGAGGGAUACAUGCUAUAAAACACACUGCAUUGAUUUGAAGGUGCCCUGGAGGCACGGUGGUUAAUCGUGUGGCUGUGAACCCAAAGAUCGGUCGUUCAACUCCACUAGCCGCUCGGAGGGAGGACAGAUGUGGGUGACCUGUCCCAUCCAGAUGGCAGCCCAGACUCAAGUACUCCCUCAACACAAGAACACUUGGUU